AAAAAAGUAAAAAAAAGCUAUCCAAUAAAAUAAAAAUGGUUCUAUCCAAGAAAACAAUUAUGCAAUCAUUCGCUCUUAUGAUUAUUCUAUCUAUCGUCAUGAGCACAACAGAAGCAAAAACCAUAGGCAAUCCAGCUAUGCGAGAAGAUGAACCUAAAGGUUGUCCUCCUGGAUCCCCAGCAAGUUGUAAAAUGCAACCGGCUAAUCCAUAUAAACCAGGUUGUGAAGCUAGUCAAAGAUGUCGUGGUACUUGAUAAUAUGAUAUAUUAUUUUAUAUAAAUAAAAAUAAUAAUGUUACAUAAAUAAGAGUUAAUUUCCCAACAAAUUUUGUAAAAUAUAAAAUACAAAAGUUUUGUAACUGUUUUUAUGAGAAUAAAACUAUUUUAAAGUAAUUAUGCCUAAAUUUGUGUCUCUUCUUGUUAUUUUGAGUUAUGAGUUAGUGUUUAAUCUUGUUUAUUUUGCAGCUAAUUAUCCAUGAUGUUGUUUAAAUAAAAUUUGAAGAUGAGUACAUAAAAGGUCAUUAACUUAUACAACCAU